UUUCGGUUAAUAACCGCAUGGGUCUAUUUAGAGGAAGGUUCCAAAAUUAGAAGACAUGGAUAAGGCCACGUAAGUCUAGUUAUGUGUAUCAGUGUAUGCUUAGAGGAAGGAAUCCAAAAUUAGGAGACGUGGAUAAGGCCACGUGGAGGAGAUGACCAAAGAGAGGCAUGGUUCUGGCCAUAAUCUACAUUGGGAGAUGUGAUUAUGGAUUCUAUCUCACUCUAAUAUUAUUUUUUAUUAUAUGCUUGUUAAAUUCCAUUCACAUUUAAUGAUGAUGUGUGUAUAUAUAAAUGCAACUCUCACAAUAUACAAACACACACACAUCGUAUUGUACAUUUAUAAUUAUAUUACACAUUUAUUGUAAGAGAUCAAAGUGAUUGACAUGGCGACUUCCACCUUCUCGUCUCGUGGUGCCCAAACGAUGAACACCAUGUUCGUCAAGAAAUCUAUUCACAAGAAGAGCGCGUCACACGACAUAGUGAGGGAGACGGUGAAGAUUGAUGGUGCCAGCGUCCAAGAGGCUGAGAUGAAGACGAUGAGAGGUUUCUCCGUCGCCAGAGAGAUUUCGUCGUCGUCAGAAAGUAGUUGGGUCCCACAUGAAGUCACGGGAAUCUACUAUCCAAAGGGACAAGAGAAGGUGAUGCAAGAUGUGCCUCCUCCGGCUCGUAGCCACGCGGAGGAACUCGUUAACUGGUUCUCUUGAUCAGGGCCGGCUCAAACGUUUUACAGGCCUCGGGGCAAAACUAAAAAAAUGAUCCUUAACAUGUGAAACUGUAAUGUUGAUAUUGUAGCUACUAAGUAAUAUAAAACAAUUUUUUUUUGGAAAUAUAAACAUAACCAUAAAGUAAAACAGUCUUGAUUCUUUUAUAGAUUUUCUUGAGAAUGAGAUGAUUUGCUUUCACAAAAAUCUUCACAAUAUAACAUGUUCUCCCGAAUCUGAAAAAGAAAAAA